AUGGUGGUGUACGUGGCGCACGACAACCGCGAACACUCGCCGCACCUGGCGCAGCUUUUGGCGAAAGAGCACGCGAACGGAAUCUCGUUCGACGGCGACGCGGACCGCGUGCUGUUCUUCGCAAUCCGCGAGAAGCAGUUCCGGCUGAUCGACGGCGACCGCAUCCUGUCGUGGCUCUAUUAA